GAAGUGACACAUACUCUUCAUCAGAUUCACACCUUUUCGCUUCGUUAAAGGUCCCCUUUUUUUUUGUGGUUUUUUUUCGCAACCUUUUUUGGUCUUUUGACAAACUAAAGAACCAAUUAGCAACUAAUAAAAAAGAUGCUUUUUUUAAUCCUUGUUCAAUCCAUUGUGGCCUUCAAAUGAGCUUAAAAUAAUGGCUACAGCUAUAAAAAAAAUGAACUUGGUAAGAGACGUAGAGAGCUCUCCUUGGGAUAACCCUGUGAGAAAGAAAGGUAUAAGAAGAUGAGGAUUCCCUUCGUUGCUUUUUCUUGGCUCAAUUUGGAGUGAUGGGUUCUUCUCCUUUUCAUCAAAGGAGGCUCCUUUGGUACUUGUUUUAGCGAAAAUGGAGAUGGGCCAACAAUGUAGGAGAUGGGCACUUGUUCUUGUAACUCUCUUUUGGGCUUUUUCCCUGUUGUGUUGCUCAUCAGUGGAUGGGUUCUCUAAAGUGAGGGGAGUGAACUUGGGUGGUUGGUUGGUGGUGGAGGGUUGGAUCAAGCCUUCUCUGUUUGAUGGAAUUCCCAAUGGAGACAUGCUUGACGGAACGCAGAUACAGUUGAUGUCGGCAAUGCUUCAGAAGUAUGUGAGUGCGGAAAACGGGGGAGGCUCCAAUGUGACUGUGGAUAGGGACACUGCUUCUUCAUGGGAGACCUUCAAGCUAUGGAGAGUAUCUGAAAGUGAGUUUCAGUUCCGGUGCUUUAAAGGACAAUUUCUAACGUCGAGUGACAGAGGUGGUUUUAUCUCAGCAACAGUUGAUUCGCCCGGAAUUAACGAAACCUUUUCUAUCGAAAGGAAUAAUACAAGAGUUCAUAUAAAGCUUUCGACCGGAAGCUAUGUGCAGGCAACAUGGGGUAAUCAACUUGCUUUCAAUUAUCAAGGGGAACCAGGGUGGGACGAUAAUGCGGCAACUUUCGAGAUGACCAUCGUGGCGAACAAUUUGCAUGGAGAGUACCAGCUCACAAAUGGUUAUGGACAUGAUCGAGCAAAGGAGGUAUUAAUGAAGCAUUGGAACACCUUUGUUACUGCAAAUGAUUUCGAUUUUCUAUCGCAAAGUAGUAUAAAUACCGUGAGAAUUCCAGUUGGAUGGUGGAUUGCACAUGAUCCGGAUCCACCGGCUCCUUUUACUGGUGGAUCCCUCGCGGCGCUGGAUAGAGCAUUUGUAUGGGCACAGGCUUAUGAUUUGAAGUGCAUCAUCGAUCUCCAUGCGGCUCCAGGUUCUCAAAAUGGGAUGGAACAUAGCGCAAGUAGGGACGGUUCAAUAGACUGGCCCUCGGAUGAUUAUAUCUCACAAACUUUGGAUGUUAUCGACUUUUUGUCUUCAAGGUAUGCAAACUAUCCUUCUCUUUUAGGGAUCGAGCUAUUAAACGAACCAUCCGCUGCCGCAGUUCCUCUUGAUGUUUUAGUUUCUUAUUACGCAAGAGGCUACCAGAUUGUUCGGAACUAUUCGCCGACGGUUUACGUCAUAUUCUGCCAGAGGAUAGGAAAUGCAGACCCAAUGGAACUCUAUCAAGCAAAUAUCGGUGUUUCAAAUACUGUUGUAGAUUUACAUUAUUACAACCUGUUCGACCCAUAUUUUGACGACUUGAACGCAACAGAAAAUAUUCAAUUCAUAUACAAGAGCAGAAUGCCGCAGGUGCAGGCAUUGAAUAGCGCAAACGGACCGCUUGUGUUUGUUGGUGAGUGGACGAACGAAUGGAAUGUAACGAAUGCUUCGCGGUUCCAAUACCAGAUGUUCGGAAGUGUUCAGCUAGAUGUCUAUGGCGAGGCCUCCUUCGGUUGGUCCUAUUGGACGCUGAAGAAUGACGAACGGCACUGGGAUUUUGAGUGGAAUAUCAAGAAAAAGUACCUUCUACUUGGUAAUUCUUCGACCAAAAGCACGAAUUUUUUCUUGCUUGCAUUGGCAUGUGGGUUAUACCUUGCGACAAUUGUCGAUUGGUGUUCACAAUGAGAGGAAACAUCUGUGGAGUCAACGCGACUGCAACGGAGAUGCCGAAUACGAUACUCUUGCUCAAGUUGUGAGAUUUCCAGUAAUCAGACAAGAUUAUUAUGGGGACUGCCACAACCAUAAUGCAAAUGAGUGUGUAAGAUAUACACCGGACUCCUUUCUCAAAAGCAUCAGGUUGUUUCUCUUUUCCUAAUGUUGAAAAUAUGGUGCUCAUGUAAGUAUUUGAGCCUGUUGAUAUGACUAAUCCUGUUCCACACCCCGAUAUCACGCUUGUCCCCUGGAAUUUAAUGGUCUCGUUAGAUCGUGAAGUGUUAAAUGUAUGUAUAGUUUAUGUACAUUCUCAAUACUGCAACUUAAUUCUUGAACGUUUUGCUGAACUACUCUGCAAUGGCAUCUUUGGCCCCAGGUUGUUAUCCAAACCCUCUUGUGCACCUUAUGUCAUGUGCUAUCAUGCAACCCUUUUUGGUAAACUGACCAUUAUAACCCCAUUUCAACAAAUUGAACCAGAAACCCUUUUGCUAGAAAAAGGUAAUGGACACAGGAGACCUCGGACGGCAGUUAACGAGGGGCAAGGAUGCAAUAUCACAGAAUUUCAGAAGUUCAAAGACAAUUGCUUAAGUGAAAAGUUUAAGAACUGAGAUUUAUGUUGUGAAAUUACACAGACUGUGGCUGUGCAGGCCUUCUACCUGUACUAUCAGUUAACGUGUUAUCUUGUCUCAAGAUGCUUACCAUAAAGCAUAUGUUCUUCAGAUCUAGCAAAGAAGUAUUUGACUCUUCUGUAAUAUCUGCUACUUUUUCCGUCAUGCCUGAUUCGCCUGUCAGUGAGGAUUGACUGUUCAAGAAGUAGAAAAAUGUCAUGUUUCCCAAACUAGUAAAUAUGCCGAGGAGCAUUUACUGUGAUUGUGUUACCUUACGACCAGCUCCUUCGAUGUUAUUAGCCUUACAUCACCAGGAAAGAGAUCCCCGGGACCAAAAGGAAUAAUGUCACCAGGUACUAUAUUUCUCUGAUCAAUUUGAACUACAAGUUCCGUUUGAUAAAUUUUUCCAGCACAUCUCUGCACUCUAACUGAAGAUCUUACCAGUUUGGACAGUUGCUUGGCUGCUUUUGAACUAUUAUAUUCCUGAGAGAUACAAGUAGCAUUGUUCGCAUGAGUUUUCACGUGGGGAUUUAACAUACAUAUCCUUGUGAAAUGAUCUAUUGCUCAUCCAAUACAAGAAGUUGGUUUUGUAUCAUAGGAAGUUUCUUAGAGAGGGGCCAUUUGUAGGUACAAAGAGGGGUAUAAGAAAUUAAGUUUUUGAAUGGCUUGUGUGAAUGUUCAGGAAGAUAGACAGUUUUGCAGAGGUAUAUGUUCUCUAAAAUGAUGAAUUUGACAAAUAUUCAUAGGUGUGCUGCGUGAAAUUACCUGGUGGAAUCUAAUGCUUACACUUAUCAGAACAAGUAUGAGCAUGAUGCAUCCAUUGGCAUUAUCAUCUGCCACGUACGAUAGGGUGGCCAUAACAAUAAGGAUAAUAUUAAAAGGAUGUAAAAAAGCCUUCCAGAGAAGCUGCCACCAACUAGGAAAAGUAUCAUGAACAGGAUUAUUUUUUUGCCAGCUUAAACCUACAUAACAGCAUUAUCAUAUUUUACAGAAUGAAAACUGGUGUAUGAAGUAUCACAAAAAUGUCAAAAGGCUUAAGCAUUUAUCAAGUUCUUUUCAGCUUUGGCCAGGGCAUAUAGCCAUGUAUAGACUCUCUCCUCUGCGUCAGACCGUGGUCCUCCACUGCUUUUCUCUGCAAAAGUUAACGUAACAACUUAAACAUCUCACCACACCGCCAAAGAAGAUAAAGAAGGAAUGGAAAAGUGAGGAAGGUGAUUAAUCACUUCCACCAAAGCGCUUUCCGCUGCAGCAUGAGAAAGCUCUGAGGAUGCUUAGUUUGUUUGUUGAUUGAUGAGGGUGGUGCUUGCUCAUUAGGCUCUCACUGAGGGGGUUUGUUGCUGCAUCCAUGAUGAAUAAGUGGGCUGUGUGGUGGUAAAAGAGGACACAGUUAAUAAAGGAUAUAUGCACAUCAGAACACAGGCUUUGGAUGAUAAGAAAUGGAAGAGAGUGAAGGUAGGUAUUCUCUUUUACAACUACCUGCAGUGUUAGAAUGUUUGGUGGAGUUUGAGAGUUGAAGAUGGCACGUAUUUCAACAUCACAUUAUGUGCAGUUGAGAGAACCUUUUCCCUGUAAUGAUCUAACACAUGCAGUUACUCUUGUUAAAAUAUUUGUUUGGUAGUAAUAAAUAUUUACUAUUUUUCUUCCUUAA